CUCCAGCCAAGCAAAUACAAGACAUCAAAAAAAAAGGAAUUAUUUUGAAGUUGAAGAUCAUAAAAGCAACAUCAACAAUAAUGUUAAAGAUACAAUAUUAUUACAUCGUUUUAGUAACUUUUAUGUUCUUUUAUAAUGAUGUUGUUAACGGCGACAUCAGUUCCGCAUCAUCUCUAGCAUUAAGUAAAUUAGCAUCAGGAGCAGCAUUUUAUACAGGUCCUUAUUUAGAUGGUAAUGGAGUCACAAAUAUUACAACACAGAUAGGAACACAUGCAUACCUGCCGUGCAAGGUGAAACAGCUAGGCAACAAAUCUGUAUCUUGGGUACGAGUCCGAGAUGAUCAUAUCUUAACAGUUGACAGAAUAACAUUUAUUGCGGACGAGCGUUUUCAGUCAUUUUAUGUGGAAAGCAGCGGCAUAUGGACAUUACAGAUAAAGUAUGUGCAGGCCCGCGACGCUGGCAUCUACGAGUGCCAAGUUUCGACGGAGCCCAAAGUUAGUGCACGCGUCCAUUUGCACGUCGUAGUUCCUCGCACAGAAUUAAUCGGCGAUCCAGAUCGCUAUGUCAAGGCAGGCAGUAAUGUUGUGUUGCGAUGCGUAGUUAGAGGCGCUCUCGAGCCACCAUCUUAUAUCAUUUGGUAUCACGGUGCCCAGCAAAUUUUCACAGAGAAUCGACGUGGCUGGCGAAUACAGGUAGAACGUAGUCCCGCAGAUACAGACGGUGAUAGUCAUAGCACGAUUGGCUCACUAUCCAUCGAAGCAGCGAGGAAAAAGGAUUCAGGAAAUUAUUCGUGUAGUCCAUCAAAUAGUGCACCAAUAACUGUAGCAUUACAUGUUAUCAAUGGUGAAUCAUCAGCAUCUGCUGUGACAUCGUCAGCGCAAAAACAAAAUACAUAUGAGAGUUUAGUUGGUUUCAUUUUGUCAGUUAUCCUGCUUUGUAGGGCGUGACGGACUUCAAUUAACGUUUAAAUUAU